AUGGCAGGGUUGAGCUCUGGAACAGACAUAUUGUCGAUGGAAACCUUGACAGUAGAUGGGGGCCUCCUUUCACAAAAGCGCUACAUAGGCGACAUCCUUAAUCGAGCUGGAAUGAUGGAUUGCAAGUCGCUUACAACACCUGCCGCUGUCUCUCAGGCUGUCAGUCCUUCAUCACAACCGCAUGAAAACCCAACUCAGUACCGGCGCAUUGUUGGAGCUCUACAGUACCUCACUAUAACUCGCCCUGAUCUGUCCUACGCCGUCAAUCGGCUCUGUCAGUUCAUGCACUCACCCACGGAUGAGCAUUGGGCCCUUGUGAAGCGGGUUCUACGGUAUGUCAAAGGUACUAUGGACUAUGGUUUGCGCCUCUCUCCCUCUAGCUCUUUGGCCAUCCACGCCUUCUCAGACUCCGAUUGGACUGGCUGUCCGAUUGACAAGAAGAGUACUAGUGGGUAUGCUGUCUUUUUGGGGAACAACCUCGUCUUUUGGCUCUCUCGGAAACAGCGCACAGUUGCCCAUUCGUCGACUGAGGCUGAGUACAAGGCUUUAGCUGAUGUCUCGGCAGAGGUCACUUGGGUGGUUUCACUUCUUCGUGAACUCGGGUUACAUUCCGGGCAGCCGUCUACGCUAUGGUGCGACAACCUCGGUGCUACCUAUCUUUGCGCCAAUCCGGUCUUCCACGCUAGAACGAAGCACGUUGAAAUUAACUACCACUUCGUCCGGGACAAAGUCGCCUGUGGGGAGUGUAUUGUUAAUUUUGUGUCUACCAAGGAUCAGCUGGCGGAUAUCUUCACCAAGCCGCUCCCAUGA